ACCUCCUGCUGUCUCAGAGAGGAUGCUGUAGAGGAGCAGAUAUUACUCCACAAGGUACUUUGGAAAAGUGAAGUGCACACAGUCGAGAUGACAGCAAUCGAGAGUAAAGAGGAGAUCAGCGACACUGACAGCGGGAUUAUCGUCCACUCCGGCCCAGACAGCCCCACGUCGCCGGGGAAGGACUCGACCACACACACCAGAGCCCUGAAGCUGAAGCACCAGUCUCUGGAGGAGCGUCUGGAGCUCUGCCUGCUGGAGCUCAGGACGCUCUGUAUCAGGGAGGCCGAGCUGACUGGUAAACUGCCCUCAGACUAUCCUCUGAUGCCCGAUGAGAAGCUUCCUCUGGUCAGAAGGAGGAUUGGAGCUUCCUUCAAGCUCGACGAAGGUCUGAUCCAUGUGGAUAAACAGGAUUCAGAGCUCCAAGUGCUGGAAACGGACUUGGCUCUUCAGCGGCAGAUUUACGAGGCGGCCCGCAAACUCUCCCUGGAGGGGAAGCUCAGCAAACCACAGAAGAAGAGCCGGCUGCAGCAGUGCAAGAGGGAGGAGAAGAAGGUGAAGGAUCUGCAGGAGGCCGUGUUCCAGCACAGGAUCAAGAGCGAGUGCAACACACCGCGCAUCAGCAGCUCAAACAAGCAAAACAGAGAUCUGUGCAUGUCUGACGACAGUUCCCUGUCUGAUGUGGUGGCCCUGGAUGAUGAUGUGGGCCCUCUCUCUCCUCCUGUGUUGGGCACUUCCUAUUCAGACCCCCUCCAGCUGUCAGCCACGACCCUGCAGUCGUCAAGUCAGCUGAGUGUGGAGUAUGAGCGCUCUCCCAUCCAGAACUCUCCGUGGAAAGAGUCCAGUCUGGAUCAGCCUUACCAGAGGGCCACAAACCCUCAGUCUGUUUGUAGCAGCAGGUCCAGUAGUCCAGCAGGAACCCAGAUGUCAGCAGAGAGCAUCAUUCCUCUGUCUCAGUUUAUAAAGAAAACGGCGCUGCAUCUGAACAACUCCACCAGCGCCCCCUCCACCCCAGAGCUGCACGUACGCCGACAGGGCUCCCAAUCCUUCAGACUUCCCAAAAGUAAGCCACCUGCUGACACGGAGAACAACCGAGAGCGAGCCAGGCUGCCCCAGCGACGCUUACUGGCUGACUUCAUGGUGCGUUCUUCAGAGUACACUCCCUUGCGCCCUUACCAGUCCAGCUCGGAGGACAGCAGCUCGGAGCACUCGUCCUCCUCCUACAUUAGCUCUCCUGGCGGGGACGCACCCACUGAGAUCCCAAAGCUCUGCCCGCCGCCUUACGGAUUCCACUUUGGAGCACAGAAGAAAGGGCUCUCCAGCUUCACCAAGAACACCAACCAGACUCAGUCCGGCCCCGGGUACGUCAGACCAAAUGUGGAAGAUGGCCCCCUCUCCCCUCAAGACCUGGACAUGGGAAAGUGCUUCCUGUCUUCUCCUCCUGUGGCACACAGCCCUCAGCAAAGACAGUGGCAGGGCGGGGCCUCAUCCACGAGGACAAUCCCGAAGCCCCCUCCGCCUUACACCAGGGUGGUGCGAACGCCCUCGCUGAACGAGUACCCGAACCACGCCAUCAGGCUGAUGCCCAGGGACAUUGUGUCGGAGGAGUUGAAGUCAUGGCAUCUGAGGAAUCAGCUGCAGAAGUUACGGCCAGGCUGCGAGGAUCAGCAGAGCUCCCUGAGUGUCAAGAGCCCCACUUCUCCUCAUCUGCCUCCAUUUAAACAGGGUUCGGGUAAUGUGAUUCUCCAGAGAGCUGCAGACGGGACUCCACUUCAGUGGUUCAUUGCGGAGGAUGCUGAAAUCGUGAGCCAGGUGUAACUAGGACCUCUACUCCUCCGCAGGAGGUUCAGCACGAUGUGUGUUAUCCCUCUCUAUUUAUUUCUGUAUUUAUUACGGUUGUGGGCUCUCUGUGAGAUUGUAUUUUGACUUGAUGCUGGAAACGUAGACCUAUUGGGACUCCGCUGAGCACAUUUCUCUCUUUUAAUUUAAAACAUAAUAUAAGGUGGUAUGCCAGUUGUAUUUAUUUUAAAUUGCUUUCUAAUAGAUGCUUCUAAAAGUUCUGAGGUGAAUUAAGGUUCAGACCAAACCGAUUUAAAACACAGAUGCUGAAAUUAUUUUUGUGUCUGGCACACAUUUUGCACAUGAAAUUCAUCUACAGUAGUUUACGAAAAAAGUAUCCCCAUUCCUAAUAUAAUGUUUUAUGUUGUACUAUAUUUAUCUUUUAAUGAGGGUUUCCCCCUGGCAACAUGAAGACGUAUUACUAAAAUGUUAUAUAGUUAAAAUUUAACAUCUAGCCAUGAAGUGAAGUGAGCUGAAUCUUAACGUUUGCUGUUAACUCUUUAAUUAAUCACGGAUGCCUUUGAGGAAUGUUUUUACUUCAGUGUGGUGUU